CGGAGGGUGGCUCUGCCGCGAUGCCCGCGGCUUGUCCCGCUCCGCCCGGUCCCUCGGCUCCCGGCUCCUGGAGCCGCUCUUUGGACCGAGCCCUAGAAGAAGCGGCGGUCAGCGGGACCCUCAGUUUGAGCGGCAGGAAGCUCCGGGACUAUCCGCGGGCCAGCGCCGCCAACCACGAUCUGAGCGACACCACCCAGGCUGACUUGUCACGGAACAGACUGUCGGAGCUUCCAGCAGAAGCCUGUCACUUUGUCUCCCUUGAGACUCUUAAUCUAUACCAGAACUGCAUUCGUUAUAUCCCAGAGGCUGUUUUGAACUUACAGUCUUUAACAUUUCUAAAUAUCAGUCGAAACCAGCUUUCAACAUUGCCAGUACACCUCUGUAGUCUACCACUAAAAGUUUUGAUAGCAAGUAAUAAUAAGUUGGUUUCAAUACCUGAAGAAAUUGGACAGCUCAGACAGCUGACAGAGCUUGAUGUGAGCUGUAAUGAAAUACAGACAAUACCUCCACAGAUUGGCAAUUUGGAAUCCUUGCGAGACCUAAAUGUCAGAAGAAAUAAUUUGGUGCGUUUACCUGAAGAGCUUGCUGAGCUGCCUUUGAUUCGAUUAGAUUUCUCCUGCAAUAAAAUAACAACAAUACCAGUUUGUUAUAGGAACCUCAGACAUCUUCAAACCAUCAUGUUAGAAAACAACCCUCUCCAGUCCCCCCCUGCACAGAUAUGUAUAAAAGGAAAAAUUCAUAUAUUUAAAUACCUGAACAUAGAAGCAUGCAAGAUAGUUCCAGACUUGCCUGAUUAUGAUAGGAGACCCAUGGGAUUUGGAUCAUGCCACGAGGAACUCUAUUCCAGUCGUCCGUAUGGAGCACUCGAUUCUGGUUUCAAUAGCGUGGACAGCGGAGACAAAAGGUGGUCAGGGAAUGAACCAACAGAUGAGUUCUCAGAUCUCCCGUUGCGUGUGGCAGAGAUCACCAAAGAACAGAGACUGAGGAGAGAAAGUCAGUACCAAGAAAACAGAGGGGGUGCAGUUUUAACUAAUGGUGGAGUGGAACAUGAUCUCGAUCAGAUCGACUACAUUGACAGCUGUGCCACGGAGGAGGAGGAGGAAGAGGUGAGGCAGCCCAAGUGCCUGGACUCAGACAGCCUCAGCUCCCAGUUCAUGGCAUACAUAGACCAGCGGCGGAUCUCCAAUGAGAGCUCACCAGUAAAACCUGUAUCCGUCAGAGAAUUUCAGAGAGCAGAGGAUACAAGACGACAUUUACAUCAAAACAGGGAUACAGAUGAAUUACGAAGACCUGAAACUCUAAAUUUGAUGCAGGACAGAGAGCAUCACCAAGUACUAAGGAAUUAUGUGGACAGGACAGAGAGACCCCUGCCUGAUUCACCUUAUUUUCUCUCGCUAUCAAGUCACCACACCCAGGUGCCCAACACAGAUUCUGAGCUGCACCGCCGGCACAUCGAGCGCACCCGUCGGGAGGCCCAGCUGGCAGCCCUUCAGUACGAGGAGGAGAGGAUGAGAACUAAGCAGAUUCAGAGAGAAGCUGUCCUUGACUUUGUUAAGCAAAAAGCCUCCUUAAGUCCUCAGAAACAAAGUCCAAUGGAUAGUGAGUGUCCCUUUCCAUCCAGAAGGUCUCAGCAUACUGAUGAUAGUGCCUUGUUAGUGAAUGGCUUUGAGCCUCUCUUUGUGUUUGAGAUUGACAAUAACACCAAUACCAUUAAAAGGAGGCCAAGCGCUCACAAACAGAGUGAUGACAGAUCUACCAUCUCCCCUGGCUCACCUACUGCUCAGACAGUCCACCUUUCCCCUCCAUAUCCUGGCCAUGCAGCCCCGCCUUCCUAUAGAAACCCUUCCCAGCGACCUGAGAGUUUCCUUUUCCGAACAGCUGUCAGGGAUGAAGCCAAGAAAGCCAUUGCUUCAUCCUCUACCUGUGCCUUGUCUCCUGCUAAUGAUUCUGCAGACCCUCGAGUGAGACAAAAUUCCAAACAGCGGGAGGAAGAACUGGAGCUGAUAGAGCAGCUACGCAAGAACAUCGAGUCGCGGUUGAAGGUGUCACUGCCCAGCGACCUCGGGGCGGCUCUCACUGACGGCGUCGUUCUGUGCCACCUGGCCAACCACGUGCGGCCCCGCUCUGUCCCCAGCAUCCACGUGCCCUCACCUGCUGUUCCUAAACUUACAAUGGCAAAGUGCAGACGAAACGUGGAGAAUUUCUUGGAAGCUUGCAGAAGGAUUGGAGUGCCUCAGGAGCAAUUAUGUUUGCCUCUGCAUAUUUUAGAAGAGAAGGGUUUGACACAGGUAGCUGUGACUGUCCAGGCGCUCCUGGAGCUGGCACCCCCAAAGCAGCAGCCACUUCACCACUUGUCUGCUGUGUAAAGACCUCCGGGACCUUUUGGGUUACCUUGGCUAAGCAGAAGGACCUGAAGACUUUACUGCCCAUGCAGUGCAUCCAAACACACAGAGCUCUGUUCUAAGGAAAUGAGUUUCCAUGAUUCCUGACAGGAAUGUUUUACUUCAUUUCUCCAUUUUUUUGGAGAUCACAACAGUUUCCAGUAACUUUUUUUAUUACUAAUAUUUUUGCCCCUUAUUUAAAAAAAUGAGAGUUCACUGGGAGGAGGGCAGGGAAUUCCAGUGGCUGGCUAUUUGGAGCUAGUUGUGGAAACUGACCUUGCAGAUGAAGAAAUGGGUUAGAGUUUGGAAAGCAAUUCCUAGAGAAAUUUGAAAAAAAAAAAAAGGUGUUAUGUAGUGGGCACACAGGGAAUUAAAUUUCUUUCCUUGCCCACAGGGUGCAAAGAAAUGGAAUUUCUUUGCCUCCAAAGAGUGGGUAUUUCUGUUAUUUUUUUUAAUUGCAUCACACUAUCUUAACCUGCAGUGUUUGAUAACAGGGUUGAACCUCACACAGCUGUCACUUGCUUUGACAGGUCCUCAUUACUAAAAGUCAAAGAAAAAAAACCCCUUUUUUUUCCCCCAAUGGAAAAAUUACUGCCUGUUUUCUCUGCCAGAAACACCUUAGUAAAAGAUACUAAGAUCUGUUCAAAUGGGCUUAAUCCAAACAGCAUUCUUGCUGGGUUCACUUUCUCUUUGGGUUUUAACAUGUCUUUAUCUGAACACUUCUCCAACAGCAGUGGAGGGAGAUUGCCCCUGUCCUCACAUCCCCUUCUGGUGGUUUUGUGGGAUCACCAGAAUCCUGUGCACUUCCCUGCAGUGGGAACAGUGCCAGGCUGCCCUGCUGGUCAUUAGAAGCCCUUUGAGCUAAGACAUUUAUGAGGGGCUGAAGCAUCCCCUGCAGGCACAGAAUGAAUCAUGUUAAGAGCACGUUUCUCAAGUUGCCCAGGUGGGCUGGGUUUUGUCAGAGCAGCGUGUGCUAAGGCAGCUCUGAAGUUCUGAAGGGUUAGACAAGGCUUUCAAUAGAGCCCUUUAUUAAGUUGGAGCUUAUGUAGAGAGAUAUGCUGGUUUUACAGAACUGCUAUUGCUUCAUUCCUCUUUCCUUAACAUAAAAAUGGAAAUUCACUGUGCAGAAGCGGGAGAGGCAGCUGACAAGUUUUGCAUUUUCCUGGAAAGCUGAUGUGCAAAAUAAAAACAGGUCUGUAUGCUUUGGUCCCAGUGACAAGGCCAAGUUCACUACCUAGAUCAAUUAACAAUAUUUUUUUUCUCCCCCACAAAAAGGCCUCACAAAAUCCAGCUUUCUACCCCUGCAGUUCCUUUGUCAGGUGUUGCCCAAUUUAAAGCAUCCCUGAACAUUAUGCUACUAAUACAUGGUACAUGAGGGGUCUGAAAACAACUCCAGGAAUCAGCCAUAUUCUCUCUGGGAUCUAUUCAAAGCAGAAUACAGCGAGAGGAUUUUAUGCAGAUAAAGGAAGAAGAAAUAGGAACAAAAUAGCUAAGAGUCAUUUUUGCAGAAGUAAAACCUGCUGUGGGAGCUGCCAAAGACUGUUCUUAGCUGCAUUUUUCCCCUUUUGAUUUUGUUUCCAUUCUGUUUUGCUUCAUGUAUUUCUUUGAAGGGCCAUUGUGGUGACUGGUGAAUCCCCUGUUUCUCAUAAUUAUUCCAGUUGCUUCUUAUUGGCAUUGAUUGGUCACAUUCGAAGUGAAGAACACUUGGAAGGUGUUUAAGAGUGCCCAGCUGCAAAGAGAAACCUCCUCAUGCUGGGCAAAUGCAGUGCCCUGAGCCCUGCAGGGAAUGGAAAUGCCAGGAACUCACAGUACCCACAGGAAGAGCAGCUCCACACAGACAUUCUCACCUGCUUAAGUAGUUUCUGUGUUUCACUUAAUGCCAUUGGUGAGGAGUGUUGGUCAUUCCCACAGGGUUACACAGAGGUGUCUGAAGUGUCUGCUGCAGUUUGCUGCAGGCAACACCACAGACACAGACGGUGUUCCUGGUGUAUUUGUCUCUGCACGUAAUUUGGAGAGAGGGAGGCAUUGACUUCAUCUUAGUUUCCAACAUUAGGUCACCUGUUGUUACAGGGACAGUUGCAUUUAGCAGCACACCCAUCACAGGCUAUUUAAAUACCCCUGUUUGAAGAAACCCAUUCCCUUCAUGGAAUUGUGAGGGUGUGGCGAUUGUUCCAGCGCUUAAGGAAAAUGAAACUUAACAGUCAGUACUCAGGUUGGUGGAAAUUUUGUCAUUUGAUUAACAGUAGUUUUUAAUGGGGUAGGGGUUCGAGUGUGGCCUGAAAGAAAGCCAUUUCCUAUUGCUAUGUGUGGCUCACAGUCCUGAGUGGCUUAUGGCCACCUGUGGCUGGAGGCCAGGCAGGCAGAGCGCUCCUGGCACCAGGGUACUUUGUUGUGAGCAGCAUUCACUCUGGCAGUUUCAGUGUAAGUAAUUGUGUUCGUUUGACAUUUGUAAUCUUAUGUUUUCAGGCUGGCAAGCACUAAAUCUUGUCCAGAUGCUUAGGACAAAAAUCCAAACCUGAAGUUUCAUCAUACGGUUUAUUUAAUGUGUUACACCAAACCCACCUCAGUUCUCUCUUGCAAAAUAGGUUGGGAUUUUUCAGGGUAGUUAUGUGUAAUUUUUGUUGUGUCCCAUGAAAAAAGUGUUUGAAAGAAAACAUGUAUAAAGUUCUGUUCUGUGUGUUAAAGCAAAGAAGAGACGGUCUUUCCUCUUCGGGGCAUUUGUGUUGGAGGAUGUGGGAGGGAUCCACCUCAGCCCUGGUGCUGCUGGUGUUCCUACUCUGACUCCAUGGUGUCACGCUCCAUCCUCAAACCUGGUGAGCCCUGAGCAGUGUCUGAGGCUCUGCAAGGUCACACACUCCAGGUGGAGCGGCCCAGGCACUAGGGAGCCCCUAAUGGCACUGGGGGGCCAGGGCAGAGCUGGGGGUCCCCCCUUUGAAGGAGAGGCCUUCUCCCCCGUAAAGGCCCCUCCCCUGCUUCAAAUCCACCAGGGACAAUUACGGCACCAGAGCGCCUCUGUUGUUCUUGGUAGCAGCCGGAUGGCAAAUGGUAUUCUUAUUCCUUCAUGACUAUAAAUGGUUCUUGGAAAAACUGUUUUAGAAACAGAGGACUUGUAAGGUGAAUUUGGACAUCAAAAAUUCUUUUGUAUAGAUAUUGUGAAGUUCUACAAAGUGAUCUAAUUUUGUUAUUUCUGAAAACAGUGUAAACGUGUAAGUAAUAGAGUAAAGGAUUUUAAAGCUUCAUCCCAUGCUGUAUGUCUGUAAAUACAUUCCAUAAUUUCUGUUACAUAUAAAUGUGUCUGAAUAUUGUAUAUUUUAAAUUGCCUGUAUUCUGCCAGUAGUGUGACCUUCUAGCACAUUGAUAAUAUAAAAGGAAACCAUGGGUAUUUGAAAUAAAGUUUUAAAAC